GGAUCCCCGCGCAGCGAGCCGCGCCCGGCCGCCAAUCCCCAGAUCUGCUUUAAAAAUCCCCAGAGGCUGAAAAUCCCGGGGCACUUGCGCCUCGAGCGGAGCGGACGGGCGCGCAGAUCGCAGCGGGCUCUCCCCAGUUCUCCAACAGAGUUUGGCUUUAGCCCCAGCCCAGGAGGAAGGGAGAUCAGUCAACUGGAGCCUGGCCUGUCACCCACUGUGUUAUGGGAAAUGCAAAUAAUAAAGGGCCAAUCCCACCCCCAUCCUCUAAGCCAACUCCAGAGGGGAUGGUGGGGCGACUCCAGGAGGACAUCACCUGCUCCAUCUGCCUGGACAUCUUGGAGGACCCCGUCUCCAUCGAGUGCGGCCACAACUUCUGCCGGGGCUGCCUCUCCACUCACUGGAGCGGGGUCUCAGCCUGGGGGUCCCAGUGCCCCGAGUGCCGAGCUCCCUGCUCCAGGGACAGGAUGACCCCAGACACACGUGUCAAAAGCCUGGUGGAGAAAAUCAGAGACCUGCCACGCGAAGAAACGCUGACAGCAACGGGGACAGCGAGCCCUGAGCAGGGGCCGGGGGCUCAGCCGGAGCAGGGGCACCCGGUGCAGCUGGUGCGUCUGGACGAGGAAGGGGGCCUGACCCUGGACGAAGAGGCCCUGAGCCGCUGCCUGGAGCAGGGUGGGGUGGGGGACGCCCCCGUCUGCCUGGUGUCCAUCAUCGGGGAGCAGCGCCGGGGCAAAUCCUUCCUGCUGAACUACCUGCUGCGCCGGCUCCGGAGCCUGGAAGUGAAGGAUGGAUCCUGGAUGGGCCGGGAGGAGGAGCCCUUGGAGGGGUUUGAGUGGCGAGUUGGUGCCCACAGCGUCACCAAGGGGGUGUGGGCGUGGAGUCAGCCCUUCUGGGUCCCCACCGAGCAGGGGCAGGUGGCCGUGCUGCUGGUCGACACCGAGGGCUCCAUGGACAUUGUCAGAGACACAGAGACCAGCGUCAAACUCUCCGCCCUCUCCAUGCUGCUUGGCUCCUACCAGAUCCUGAAUGUUUCCAGCCAGAUAAAGGACCCUGAUCUAGAAUAUCUGGAGAUGUUUCUGCAUGUGGCCGAAGAGGUGGGAAAGGAAUACGGGCUGGAGUCCAUUCAGCACCUAGACCUGCUGGUGCGGGAUUGGAGCAACUCCACGGUCCUUGGAACUGACGGUGGGAAGGAGCAUCUGAGAGACGUCCGACAAAUGCUGGCAGCGAGGUCCCCUUGCAAACACCCCAAGGCCCUGGAAGCGCUGAGCAGAAGCAGCAGCCGCUGUUACCUGAUGCCCUUCCCUGGCAAGCGGAUCAUGACUGGGAGCCAGGGAAGCCUGAGAGACAUGGAUGAGGAUUUCCGGGACAGCCUGAGGGACUAUGUCACCACCCUGUUGGGCUCGGCCGGUCAACACGCGUGGAGAGACCGACAUGGGGCGCUGCUGACUGGGACACAGCUCACUGCUCGGAUAACGAAAUUCUCUGAUCUGAUGAAGAAACAUCACUGUGGCUUCUCCUCUCCCGCUCAGAUGGCCGUCACCUUCCACAACCAGAGAGUCCUGGACAGGGCCAGCGCAGACCACGCUCUCUUUCUGAAGGAGAAGGACGGCGACUCCCAGAACCCAAUCACCUGCCUGAAGGUGCGGCCGAGCAAGAUGGCGAAGUUGUUGGCGGAGCGGCGCGGGCAGUUGCUGUGGCGGUGCUGGACGGACAUGCCGGAGCCGGCGCCGGAGACAGAGGCCCGGCUGACGGAGCUGGAGGAGGAGCUGACGCGGGAGGCUGAGACCUUCCUGGAGAUCUAUGGGAAGCGCUUCAAGAAAUUCGCUAUUUGGGCAGGUGUGGGCACGGGGGCGCUGGUCCUGGGACCGGUGGGCGGAGCUGCCGGCGCCGGGAUCGCCGGUGCUGUCCUUGCUGCCGAGGCGGCUGGGGCGCUUGCCGUGGCCGAGGUGCUGGCCAUUGGGGUUGGGGCAGGUACUGCAGCCGGGAUCUGCGUGGGUGGGGGCGUGGGCGGGGGCGUGGGGGGGAAUAUCGCCCAGAAGGAUCGGCAGAGGGCUGAGGCUGCUGGCGACGGAACUGAUGAUCCAUCCGAUGACAAACCGCUGAUCUGAUCGGUGCGCCCCCCCCCCCCCCCACCAAUCUGGGGCUGACGAAUGGGGUGAGGGGGCUGCAGCAUGGCCUAGACAUGAAUCCCACAAACCACCCCAGAGCGGGGAGCCAACACCCACAGAUUCUAAGAAGGGACAUUUAGAUCCUCUCGUCUCCAGCCUGGGUGGCACAGCAGGUCAGAACGCUGCCCACUUCCCCCUGCGUUGGGCCCAGUAUCUCCCUUUGGACUAAAUCCUCUCCCGGAAGGGCGGCCAGUCUGGCUCGGAAUCAGGAAAAGAUGGAGACCCCACCGCUUUGCCAGUGGUGAAAAAUCCGGUGACUCGUUUCCGAUUGGAGUUUGUCUGGCUUUAACUUCCAGCCCUCGGUUCUCGCUCUGCCUUCCUCCGACGUUGCAGGACCACUCCGGCUGCAACGCGAAACGCUUGGAAACGCCCGGCCGCUGGUCAUGUCCUGAGAUCGCCCGCUGCGGGUGACAACGGGCACCUGGCUGAGUUCCAAUGUCGGCAGUCCUGUGGUCUGGUCCUGGGAGAGAGAUCUCCAACCGCCCCUCUGAGCGGGAAGGCGGGUCCAGGGGGGGGGGCACAGGAAGACCCUGUGUGUUCCCUGCUCUACCAGGGACUUCCUCUGUGACCUUGGCCAAGUCCCUUAGUUUCUCCAUGCCUCAGUUUCCCAUCUGUAUAAUGAGGGUGAUAAUGCAUUGAAAGAUGGUGAGGGGUUUGAGCUCUACUGAGAGAAAGCACUAUCCAAGAAACCGGCAUCGUUAUUUAUUCCGGGGGAGGGCUAUAAAACCAUCCGAAGCUAAAGGGAAUCGGUUCCACACCCAUCAACGCACGCUGAGCAGGGGACACCGUCUGGCCAACUCCACAGGAAGUCUCAGCUCCCACCCUUCAGCGCUGGUGAAAGGGCAGGACUUGGGCUUGGGGAUUUCCAAUCAAUGGGGUCUCGGGCUAACGGGACUCUCCAGCUUUCCACGCCAGCCUCCGCUGGCACCUACUAUCCGAUAGACGCUCUAGCGUGAGAUACGGGGUCCGCUUCAUCCUGGCUUGGGCUUGGUGAAUCAGGAGCGCCUCUUCCCCUCACAGAUUCCAAGGCCUGGGUAACACAGACAUGAGCCUGCCCUGAAUUAAUUCCUGCUUGAACUAGAGCGAUCUGUUAGAGAAACUUCCCAUCUCGAUUUAAAAAUGGCCGGUGAUGGAGAAUCUGCCACGACCCUCGGGGAAUUGUUUCAAUUGUUCUCACUGGUAAAAAUUUCUGCCUGACUUCCAGUCUGAGUUUAGUGUAGCUUCAACGUCCAGCCAUUGGAUCAUGUUAGACCUUUCUGUGCUACACUGAAGGACCUAUUGUCAAAUAUUUGUUCCCCAGGUGGCUACGUAUGGACUGGGAUCUAGUCGCCCUUUAACCUGCUCUUUGAGUCCUAUCUCCCUAAGAACUCCUUGGAAACCUGAUAUCAGGGCUGCGGGUUUUCAGAGGCUGCACCUCUUGGGACAGAGCAAGAGAAAGCAGAAGUCACUUGAGACUAUGGUCUGCAAAGUGGUUCUGCUGGAAGGUGGCCAGUCAACGGGUCCUGGGUGCAGGACAGUCUCAGAGCAAUGGAGGCAUUUAAGCAAUUUCCUUUGUGCGCAACAGGAGGAAAGGUAUUUGGGGUACUGUGUUAAGGCGUCAAGGAGUGCUUGUGUGUGUGUGUGUCUGUGAGCACCUGUAAAUGACUGCCCUGGGGAGUGCUAAAGAGUAAUCUCCCAGAUGUAAAUAACGGUGAAAUUCUGACUCAUCAAACCUUGAAUGGCGAAUUCCUAGUUUUGGGACAAGUCUCCACAGAAACCGCCAGCUCUAAUUCGGUUAGAGGAAGAUACAGUUGCUGCUUAUAGGAAGUGCUUUAACAUGUGUAUUCCUGUGUUUGGGGGGCGGGGGAGAGGAAACACAGAAGGGGAAACAGAUUAGCCAUUAAAAGAACAGGAGUACUUGUGGCACCUUAGAGACUAACACAUUUAUUUGAGCAUAAGCUUUUCAUGGGCUACAGCCCACUUCAUCGGAUGCAUAGAAUGGAACAUAUAGUGAGGAGAUCUAUAAACAUACAGAGAACAUGAAAAGGUGGGAGUUGCCCAACCAACUCUAAGAGGCUAAUUAAUUAAGAUGAGCUAUUGUCAGCAGGAGAAAAUAACCUUUGUAGUGAUCAUCAAGAUAGCCCAUUUAAGACAAUUUGAGAAGAAGGUGUGAGGAUACUUAACACGGGGAAAUAGAUUCAAUAAAAUGCGGUGAUGAAAACUGGAAAUAGGAUGCGAGCCGAAGCCUCACCAGCGCUGAGAAGAGCGGGACAAUUACCUCCCAUGUCUUACAUACGACCUUCCAGUUAAUACACCCCAGGUGACAUUUCUCUUUCUCUUACAUUCCCACCACACUCUUGUCUUUAGUGAUUUGACUGCGUUGAUGACUUGAUUCUAAUAUUGCUGCUGCUAAUUUGAUUACUUGAUCUUAUUUUCACCUCCACUGGAGAAUCGCUGAGUCAGUUGGGUAGAGUUUGUGUUGGCUUGGUCUUAGCGAUCUGUUUUCUUGAUUUUUGUAUUCAGGGUUGUUUUACUUGUAACAAAAUGGCUAGAAAG